CGAGACCCCCGAGCCCCCCCGGCCUCCCUCCCUCCCUGCGGAGACCCCCGAGGCGACUCCCGAGCCCCCGGGAGCGCCCCCAGAGCGGCGCCGGCGAACCGCGAGCCCGCUCCGAGAGCCCCAAACGGUUCCCGAAGGUGCCCGGCCACUCCGGAGGUUGCCGAGAGAUUCCGAAGCCGUCCGGAGGUGCUCGAAGCGAUCCCGGACACCCACGGAGCGGCCCCGGGGAUCGCCCCGCGGUUCCGAAGCGGUUCCGGAGAGCCCCGAACCUCCUCCCCCUGUCCGGAGAUCUCCGGAAGGGUUCGAGCGGCUCCGGACGGCCCCGAGACCGUUCGGCGAAGUCCCGGAACGGUUCCGAGGCGGUUCCGGAAGUUACCAAGCGACACCGGCGCUUCCCGAAGCGGUUCCGGAAACUCCCGAACUGGUUCCGAAGCGAUUCCGGAAGUUCCCGAACCAUCUCCGGAGCUUCACGAGGAGAUCCCGGAAGUAGCCGAGCGGUUGUGAAGCGGUUCCGGAGAGCCCCGAGCGGCUCCGGAAGUUGCCGAGCGGCUCCGGAAGUUGCCGAGCCGGCCGGCCCUCAGCGCUCGCCCCCGGCCCGCGGAGCCCCCGGAGCCCGAACCGGAGCCGCCCCCGGCGCCGCAGCCUCGGCCCCGGGGCGGGCCCGGACCCGCGCCGGCCCCGCCGCCCCGGCCCUCAGGAUGAUCAAGCUGUUCUCGCUGAAGCAGCAGAAGAAGGAGGAGGAAUCGGCGGGCGGCACCAAGAGCUCCAGCAAAAAGGCCUCGGCCGCGCAGCUCCGCAUCCAGAAAGACAUCAACGAGCUGAACCUGCCCAAGACGUGCGAGAUCGACUUCUCGGACCAGGACGACCUCCUGCACUUCCGGCUGCUCAUCUGCCCCGACGAGGGUUUCUACAAGGGCGGCAAAUUCGUCUUCAGCUUUAAGGUGGGCCAGGGCUACCCGCACGACCCGCCCAAGGUGAAGUGCGAGACCAUGGUGUACCACCCCAACAUCGACCUGGAGGGCAACGUGUGCCUCAACAUCCUCAGGGAGGACUGGAAGCCGGUGCUGACCAUCAACUCCAUCAUCUACGGCCUGCAGUACCUGUUCCUGGAGCCGAACCCCGAGGACCCCCUGAACAAGGAGGCGGCCGAGGUCCUGCAGAGCAACCGGCGCCUCUUCGAGCAGAACGUGCAGCGCUCGCUGCGGGGCGGCUACGUGGGCGCCACCUACUUCGAGCGCUGCCUCAAGUGACCCCCAAAGGAUAAAAACCCCAAAACUUCCCCCAAAAAACCCCAAAAACCCUCCCCAAAAAAACCCCAAAUUCCCUGAAUCCCCCUCAAAAAAAAUCCCCCCCAAAUAAACAGGUGGGAUCCGUCUGGGGGGAUUGUGGGGUUUGCUGAGCCCUGAGCGGUGCCUGGAGUGACCCCCCCAAAAAACCCCAAAACCUCCCCAAAAAACCCCAAAAUUCCCUGAAUCCCCCCCAAAAAAACCCC